AUGCCACAUCUGAAGCUUGGGCGCACAAACCGACCCUCCUACAACAGAUCACAUCAUCGCGGCACCGCCUGGCAACUCAACGAGUUGAUCGCCAACAUCGGCCGGCACGCCAAGCUCGAGUCCGUCGAGAUGCACCGCAUGUCGAUGGCCGUGGAGAACGCAGCGCAGGACUACGUCGACGCGUUGGUGGGGGAGUUCGACGCCUACGUGAAUCGCUUCAUGGAGACGCCCUCCGGCAUCGGGUUUUCCGAGCAAUCGGAGCGUAAGUCAACCCCGUAG